AUGACGAGAAUCACCCGUGAAGGCAAAACUCAAGCACUGAAAGCCCGAGCAGUGGCACAGGGUCGAAUCAAAGAACUUGAAGAUCGAAUGGCCGAGAUUAAAGAGCAGCAUGCUGAACAGGUGGACCGCCUGCAAACGGAAAUCGAAAGCCUCAGAAGCACUCGGGAAUGGGAAGUGGAACAGAAUGCUCAACUGCGCGAACAGUUGAACGAGGCCAAGACUAAGAAUCACAAGCUGACUGAAGAGUUGGAUGCCAGUGAGAAGGCGAACAGAGACUGGGAAGUUAAGGUCGCCCAUGGCGAGGAGUUUUUGGAUCAGUUGAUAGAAGAUCUAGCUGAAGCCGAGGAUGUGAUCAAUUAUAUGGAACAGCAAAAGCACAGUAUACUUGAUGACGUCGAUAAACUUAAAGACGCCAUCAUCGCUCAAGAUCAACUGAUCGAAAUCCUCGAAGCGGACAUCGUCAUCUAUGAAGAGCACAUUGGCAUUUUACGAGAAUCACUUGGAGCAUCCAAG